AUGGCUGUACGAUCACCGCCAGAAUACACCACCACUAUUGACCGGUACUACAUCGACACACGUCAACUAGUGCUGUCGACACUGGACACAAAAUCGACUCAAAGUCUGCCCUUGUUAGCGACUCUACAAUACCCUGAUCAAGAGGCCGUCACACGCUUCAUCCGCCCGUCAGACCGGUAUAUGUCCCUCGCAAGCGCUCUGCUGAAAUACACCUUCAUCCACCGACGAGCGAAAAUCCCAUGGUCCAAAGUACAGGUUUUGAGGACUCCGGGCCCCCAUCGGCGGCCAUAUUGGGUGCCUCUAGAAGAGUACGAGCUUCCCGAGGAAACGUGUAGCAAGAUCGGAGGGCUAGAAUUCAAUGUUUCGCAUCAAGCUGGCCUUGUCGCCAUCAUUGGCUGCAGCACGCCCCGGGCUCAACUCCCGACUCCACAUACUCAUAGUGACUCUUCUACGAUCAACAAGGCUCUUGACCAACUGGAUUUGACCGGUCACCGCACACCCAUUCUCGCAGCCGAUGAGAUCAGGCUCGGGGUGGACAUCGCCUGCACAAACGAAGACAGACGGACGCCACAAGAUAUGACGACGCAAGCCCAGUUCGACGAGUGGGUGGACAUUUUCGCCGAGAUGUUCUCGGAGAGGGAGCGCUGGACCAUGCGACAUGCGCCCAUCCACGUUCCUGUCGUGGAGCGCGAGGAAGGGGACUACUGGGACAGCGACACUACGUCCUCAUCUGACACUGCACCGAAUGGCAACAGCUACGGCACAGGAGCAGCUGAACCGGGUUCGUCACGAGAGGCGAAGCUCAUUCACCUGAAGCUCCGUCGGUUUUAUGCCUACUGGGCCCUCAAGGAGGCAUAUAUCAAAAUGGUCGGCGAAGGACUGCUGGCGAGCUGGCUGCAGAAACUCGAGUUCAUGAACGUUGUGGCUCCGCCAUCGCCGACUGGCAUGCCCCGGAGAAGCUGGAAUCAGACGUCUACUCCUGCUCGUCCUUUGUCACGGUCACCAAACCCCACAAGUUCAGAUUCGAAAGGAGUAUCAAAACAUCAAACGACUGUCAACAAUGACCACAAACCCAAUGUUCACCUAUCGUCAAAUACACUUUCGCGGGAAGAUGAAGUUGGCAAAUGGACACCGCCGGAAAAGGCUGAGCGAGGGGUGAAGACGCUCCUGUACGGGCGGGAGGUAGAGGAUGUUGAUAUUGAACUGGUCGCAUACGACGAGGAUUUUCUGCUGGCCACAGCCCUGCGGGGUGUGAAGGAACAGCAGCCGAAUAUUUCCACAGACAACAGGUCACAAUGGAAGCGGUGGGUCAGGCUCGAUAUCGAGCAAGACAUCCGACCCUGUGCAGAGGGAAAAUGCCAUUGUUUAGACGAAGUCACGAGGCCACAAGUGUAG